GCCAUGAUUCCAGUGCCAUCUGAAAGUUUGUCAGAUUCGAAAAUUCAACAACCAAAUGCAUGGGAGAUCGCACAAGAGGCUCUCAAAAAGGUGACACCAUCAGCUUCAUCUUCAUCAGCAUUUCCGAGAAUGUCAUAUGCUCAAAGUUUUGCAAAUCCAAUGCAACAGUAUUAUUCAUGGGCACCAUCUUAUGGUCUAUCCUUGCCUGUUCUGCCGGGUUAUGAAAAUAUGUACGCUUCAUUUUAUGCUUCGUGUUCAGGGAAUCGAUUUUCUCCACCAUUACCGCCACCACCGCCACCACCACCAGCACCACCACAAGCGGUUUAUCGAUCUAAAAAUAUUCCUACUUCAAUUGCUUCUUCUAAUGAAGUCUCAAGGCCUCUUCGUAUGUCAUUUAGGCCUGUUCGAUACAUGGAAAGAUCCUAUCUCGCCUUAGAGAAGGCAGAAGAUCGAGAUAAAUUGGAAGAAUAUUUCAAACAGAAACUUAAUCCAUUGUUGAUUUCGGGUGCAUAUAAAGCAGUUGAUUGGCAAAAGGAGCCGUUGCCAUCAGAACUUAACUUUGAAGUGAAGAAUCAAUGGACACCUGCAAGUGAAUUAAAAAAACUAAAUUCUGAAAAUAAUUCUUUACAUGACAAGAUAUCCAGAACUAGUCGAUCUCCGCCAAGUGACAUAGAAGUUCAUCGGAAGAAGAAAAAGCAAAAGCGACCAUCGGAUUUAGAUAGAAGUCGUGAUCGAUCUAAUUAUUCUGAUAUCAAAUCUACUGAAAAUGAGAAAAUUUUUAAGGAAGCUCACUCGAAAAAAAAGAAAAAAAGAAAAAUUACCAAGUGGAUUGCUGACGAACAGAGCAAUUCACGGCGUGAAGAAAGAGCAAAAAGAUUUGCGCGUGAUGAUGAAUCCGCAAAAAAAAUACGUCAAUCGCAGUUAAGGCAUGAUGAUAAUGACUCAACCACAACUAUCGUCGGAACUUCUACGGAGAUCGAAAAAUCUUAUUUUAGGCUUACAACUGCACCUGAUCCUUCUAUGAUAAGACCAUUACAUAUACUCGAAAAAGCGCUGAAGAUUGUCCAACAAAGAUACAGUGAAAAUCGUGAUUAUCGCUAUGCGAGUGAUCAACUCAGGAGCAUUCGCCAGGAUUUGAUGAUUCAGUGUAUUCGAUCUGAAUUCACUGUUAAAGUGUAUGAAACUAAUGCACGUAUUGCAAUUGAACAGGGAGAUCGAGAAGAAUUUAAUCAAUGUCAGAGUCAACUAAAAUUGCUCUAUAAAGAAAUCCCUGGUUGUUUAAAUGAAUAUGAAUUUACAUCAUAUCGUCUGCUUUAUUAUAUUUCAGUUGCUAACACUAUCGAUCAGACGACUUUAUUGCUUGAAUUAACACCGAAAGCCCGUAAAGAUGAAUGCGUUCGUUUCGCCUUAGAAAUUCGUCAAGCCUGGGCAUUGUCGAAUUAUAUUAGGCUGUUUAAACAAUACUCGAAUGCUCCUCGUAUGGCUUCUUAUAUAAUGGAUCUAUUCAUAGAAAAGGAACGUAAAGAGUUUCUGAAUGCCUGCCUUAAAUCUGCUUUAUCGCAAAAAAUUUGUUUAAGCGAACCGAAAUUAAUCGAGUGGCUUGCAACUUUUGGCAUCGUAAUAUCAGAGAAUAAUAUCAUAGAUUGUCGUAUUUACAGCAAAGCUCUCGAUAAAUCUUUUUCAUGA